ACCCAAGAUAUGUCUUACAGUGGUACAAUACACCCUGCAGUCUGCAAAUCUUUCAGCUGUCAAAAAGAAAAAGAAAAAAAAACAGAGAAAAAUUUCCUGUCCAAUUUCAAAGUCUCGGAAAAUAUUUUUUUCGGGAUAAUCGCCGAAAAUCCGAAUUCAGCGGUGUUGCAGUAGAAUAAAAAAUAUAAGAAAUUGCAUAAAGUUUUUCAGCAUUGGUUACGAAUAUUGCUAUGUUUCGUCAAUUUUGCAAGAAGGUGAUAAGUUUGGAAAGAAGUACAAACUUACAGAGAUGUCUAAGAGCAAACUAUUGUUCCAGUCUUGGACAGGAUGAAAUGGAAACUGUUGACAUGGAUGAAGAUAGUGAAAAUUCAUUGCACAAAGAAUUUUCAUUUUGCCAUGUUACAAUGCUGGGUAGAGUUGGCGUUAAACCAAAAUUAAUAGAAACGGAAAGUAGUCACAGUUUUGUAUCAUUCUUGAUUGGAGUUGAUCCUGCUCAAGCAGACAAUACAAAAUGGCAUGAGGUGCAGGUGAACUCGGACUUUCAGAAAAAAAAGAUACUGAAGGACAUUGAUGUUGGGGACAGAGUAUAUGUAAGUGGGAGGUUGUCAUAUAUAUUGGCGCGUGAACAGUAUGUCAAGAAGUAUAAAAUAUAUUCUGACUAUGUAAGACUUGUAAGUCAUUCAAAGAAGUUCUGGGACCAAAGACUGGAAUCCGAAGACAAGGCAGGAGAUGACAGUGACAUUGAAAAAUAAAGAAGUACAUGUAUUGUAGACAAAUGUACAAAGACAAUGGAGUCCAGAUGAAUUCAGUGAUGUUUCAUGAUCAGCAUCGGAAACAUGCACUCACUCGCUGGUGAAUCCUGUUCAAGAAACUUGGCAUGUUCUAACAUCAAAGUUAGGAGCUUGUAGAGUUGACGUCAGUGUAACAACUUGCCAGUUUGUAAUAAGGAACUUCAAAAUACCUUUACAAGGAUUGAAAAAAAAAAAAAAUUUGCAGUUUUUAGCGGAAAGGAAAUAUAAUGCAAAUAUAAGAAAUGAAUUUUUUUUUUUUGGAGUUCAUGCUAAAUGGACGACAUAAUAGGAUCGGCAAAUUAAACAUGAAUCACUAGUGCAAUUCAUGGAUUUGCCGAUCCUGUAAUGUCGUUCAUUUGGCCUUAACUCGGAAAACAAAUAUUUCAUUUCUUAAAUUUAGCCAACUUUUAGUCUUUCAAAAAAAUCUUUCUUUUCAGAAAUUAGAUGCAAAUGAACAGAUUUUGAAAUUAUACCUGUGCCAGUUAUUUCAAAAUUGUAUAUAAAGUGUGUAAUGGUGCUGUGCAGUUUUUUUUUACCUACUGUAAGAUGCCCCAAAUUUGGCUUGCUAUUUGGUGUUACUUAGUACAAUUGUUGUGUACAGAAAUAAUAUUUUUACUACGAAACAUUCAUACAGGUAUGUAAACAUUGAAUAAUUGCUUUAAAGAGUUUCUUCAUGAAUCACAGAUGUUUCGUUCAGUGCAUAAAGAAAUCAUUAAAUAAUUCAAUAACACUAUCAAUAUAUUUUAUGUUUUCAGCUUUGUGAUAUGUUUCUGUCAAGUAAAACCAUAAAAGUGAAUGGUCUAAAAAAUCGGAAUACCAUCCUUCUAAUACUUACAAACUGAAAGUAAAAGCGUCAUUUUUUUAAUGGUUGGAAAUUUGUCGUUGACCCUUGUUUUCUUAGAGAAGACUACACAAUGUGUUCAUUCAUUCAUUCAUUCAUUUAUUCAAUCAUUUAUUCAUUAUAUUGUUCAUUUAUGUUACAAUUUUUGUUGUUAUUUUUAGUGAUACAUUAAAGGUAAUUGAAACAUUUUGUACUUUUAGAAAUGUAAUCCAAUGUAUUAUUUUGUUAUAAUUAUGUUUUAUACUGUCUCCACCACAAGCAGGCAAUAAUCUCUGAGUAAGAUUUAAUCUCGACGUUGUUAAACUGUAGCUUGCUGUACUAUAUAGCAUUCACAGUACUGCAGCCGCAUAUAAACCAAGACCCCAUGUUGUUCUUGGAUGAUCUGUUUAUGAAAAGAAAUGCAAACUCAGUUUUAAAAUCUUGAAGCCAGGCCAAGGUCCAGUCUAAAGUUACAGAGCCAUUUUUUCUAAAAAGGAGGACUUGUUUUUUGGAGGUUUUUUUUUUGUAAAUUGAUUGUUGUUUAGAGAAACUAGGGUUUCAAAGAAAAUAAAAUUUAUACAUUAUUCUUGAUUUCUUUUAAGUGUACAGUAUUAUUUUAACUUUUUCCAUUUUGAAUAUUGUUGUGCCCUCUUUACAUUGUUUUGCAGAUGUCGUUCAGUCUGUCGGACGGCAUAAAGACCAAUCCAUUUCUGGAUGAUAACUCAAGAAUUCUUAAGCCUAGGAUCACAAAGGUUGAUGGGGAGGUUGGUCAUAAAUCAGCAGAUGACCCCUAUUGGUUUUGAAAUCAGUAGGUCAAAGGUCAAGGUCACAGUAACACGAAACAGUUAAACAGUUUUCGGAUGUUAACCCAAGAACGCUUUGGCCUAGGGUCAUGAAAGUUGAUAAGGAGGUUGGUCAUGACCAGUAGAUGACCCCAUUGAUCAGUAGGUCAGUAGGUCAAGGUCAUAGUGACCAGAAACAGUUAAGCAGUUUCUGAAUAUAACUCAAAAACGCUUGGGCCUAAGAUCAUGAAAGUUAGUAUGGAUGUUGAUCAUGACCGGCAGAUGACCCCUAUUGAUUUUGCGAUAUGUAGAUUAAAGGUCAAGGUCACAGUGACCCGGAAAAGAUAAACUGUUUCUGGACGAUAACUUGAAAAUGAUUGGGCCUAGGGUCACGAAACUUGAGAGGGAGGUUGAUCAUGAUCAGCGAAUGACUCCUAUUGAUUUCAAGGUCAAGUUCACAUUGACCCGGAACAGUUAAAACGGUUUCCAGAUGAUAACUCAAGAACGCUUGGGCCUAGGAUCACAAAACUUAAUAGGGAGGUUGAUAAUGACCAGCAGAUGUCCCCUGUUGAUUUUGAAGUCAUGGGUGAAGGUCACAUUGACCCAAAACUGUAGAACUUUUGUGUACAGUGACCAAAUAAUUUCUCUUCCUUGUGCAAUUAUUGAAUGCAUCAAAGGGGACAUUUCAUAAGCUCUUAAGUUGAGUAUUUCUUAUGGCUGAAAUUGUAUUUCAAAAUAAACUUGUUGUAAUUUGUUGUGUUAAUUCUUAGCCUGCUGGCGGCAAGUGAUUCUGCCUUUGCGACCAGUGCAGACCAAGAUCAGCCUGCAGAUCCAUGCAGUAUGAUCAUGGUCUGCACUGUUUGCCACUCAGUCUGUAUCUUUUUGGUAAGAACCCCUUUUAACAGUUAAUGAUACUGUCCAAAUUGAAAGAUGGACCAGUCCAUUUUAAAAAUUUAGCAGGGUGAAGGUUAAUUCAUUUCCUUCAUACUUCCUUUUGUUGUUUUACAUUUUGCUGAUCCAGAAAAUUUUACAGUUUUGUAAUGGUAAAAUGACAACAUGAAUGCAAAUUAAUUUCACUGAAAUACUGAAAUUCUUUAUUGAAAUGAACUCUGUUAAGGUAGCGGACCCAUACUGACAGUCAGCAACCAUUAAGGUAUUAGACCAGUAUUGUUGCUGCUUCUCAUUACGUGUCCACAAUCUUAACGUGUAUUUUAGACCAUAGCGUGUAGAAGGAGGUACCUUUUGCUACCUGUGAAAUUUUUGUAAAAUAAUUUUAGAUAUUGUCAUCAGAUAAUUACUUAAGUUUUUUAGCUCAUCUGAUUUUUGGAAAAAAAAUGAUGAGUUAUUGUCAUCACUUGACCAGCAUUGGCGUUGCCUGGUUAAGUUUUAUGUUUAGGUCAGCUUUUCUCCUAAACUAUCAAAGCUAUCGCUUUGAAACUUGCAACACUUGUUCACCAUCAAUAGCUGACUCUGUACAGCAAGAAACAUAACUCCAUCCUGCUUUUUGCAAGAAUUCUUGCACUUUUUGAAUUUAGAAAAUAUCAGAUUUCUUGGUUAAGUUUUAUUUUUAGGUCAACUUUUCUCCUAAACUAUCAAAGCUAUUGCUUUGAAACUUGCAACACUUGUUCACCAUUAAAAGCUGACACUGCACAGCAAGAAACAUAACUCCAUCCUCCUUUUUGCAAGAAUUAUGGCCCCUUUUGGACUUAGAAAAUCAGAUUUCUUGGUUAAGUUUUGUGUUUAGGUCAGCUUUUCUCCUAAAUUAUCAAAGCUAUUGCUUUAAAACUUGCAACACUUGUUCACCAUCAAAACCUGACACUGUACUGCAAGAAACAUAACUCCAUCCUGCUUUUUUUGCAAGAAUUAUGGCCCCUUUUGGACUUAGAAAAUAUCAGAUUUCUUGGUUAAGUUUUGUGUUUAGGUAAACUCCUUAACGGUCAAAGCUAUUGCUUUAAAACUUCGAGCAGUUAUUCGUCAUUAAAAGCUGACUCUGCACAGCAAGUAUCGUAACUCGACAUUGCUUUUUUUGCAAGAAUUAUGGCCCCUUUUGGACUUAGAAAAUCAUGGGUGUGACAAGAAUUUUUAUUAUACAGAGACAAUAAGAUCAGUUGAGUGUCUGCAACCGCAAGGCGGUGCUCUUGUUUUUAUUUGAAAAUCAUAUUGCAGUUUAGUUGCUACUGCUAUGUUUGCACAGGUUGUAGUAUAGUAGAAAUACCGUACUUAAGCAUUUUAAAGAUAUACCAGGUAAGUAAUUUUAUAAAGAACAAAGUCAUAAUUUUGUAACCGUAGUGUGUUCUUUAGGUUGAUAUGAAUGAUUUGUUAGAUCUUUUACCAUUAUUUUGACAUUUUUAGGUCACCAGAACUUAUUGUUUGAGGUGAACUUUUUUGUAUAGGUGGAUGACCUGUCACUUUACCUGUCAUGUUGUAUAGCUAGUUUGUUCCAACCAAGUUUGUCCAAUAUUGGAAUUCAGUGUUAAAUUCCGGGAGCAAUAGAUAUGGAAGAGCAUCAUAUGAAAACCCUAAAAAAUUAUUUUCUGAAAGCAAAGCAGUUUUAGCUAAAUCAUUUUACAUGUGUUUUUUGCAUGACAUUGUGUUUCUCCACCAAAUUUAAGCCAAGUAGGGGCCUCCGUAGUAGAGUGGUUAAGGUCGCUGACUUCAAAUCAAUUGCCCCUCACUGAUAUAGGUUUGAGCUUCACUCGGGGCCAUUGAAUUCUUCAUGUGAGGAAGCCAUCCAGCUGGCCUACUAAAUGUCGGUGGUUCUACCCAGGUGCAUGCUCUUGAUGAAACAAUGCACAGAGGGGCACCUGGAGUCUUCCCCCACCAUCAAACCUGGAAAGUCGCCAUAUGACUUACAAUUGUGUUGGUGGAACGUUAAACCCAACAACAAAAAACAAAAUUCAGGCAUAAUUUUAUAUGAGGAAAACUAAAAAAAUUUCAGAAGUUUCAACAAAGAAGUCUAACAUAUAUCAGUAUCUUGGCAUACUUUGAUUGUUCGACACUUUGCUACCGUUGUUCCUUUUGAGGUUAAGAAAGUACAGCCAUUUGUAAUUAGUCAGCCAAUGAAAGUGAUUGAUAUAAAGUAACGGUUCUCAGUCUUCUUUUGCAUACUUAAAGACAGGGAACAAGCCAACACUGGUCUGACUAUGGCAUUGAGCAGUGUCGAACAUGUGAAACAUGACUUGAUCGACACUGGCAUGUCUAUCGCUAAUAGUUGUCAAGCAGCUUUUGUCACACAUAAAGUACCCUCUUGUGUUUUUAUGCCCCCAGCAUCUACUGAUGCGGGAGGCAUAAUAGUGAUUGUCCUGUCCGUUCGUCCGAGGUUAACCAAAUGGGACCGUUUCUUCUAGCAUCAAUACCCCUAACUAGAUUGACUUGAUACUAAUGCAGAUGUAACAUGUGACCAUUCCUCAUCUUCAGAAAUCACCUGACCCCAGUUUGACCUUGACCUUGACCUCAUUUUGGACUUUGGUUGCUUUAUAUUGGCCAUCUCUUGGUUAACCCAAUGGGACCGUUUCGUUUAGCAUCAAUACUCCUUACUAGAAUGACUUGAUACUAAUGCAGAUGUAACCUGUGACCAUUCCACAUCUUCAGACAUCACCUGACCUCAGUUUGACCUUGACCUUGAACUUGACCUCGUUUUGGACUUGGGUUGCUUUGUAUCGACAAGGAUGCCACCGGGGGCAUCAAGCGUUUAUUGAACGCAGCUCCUUGUUUUUUUCACAGAUUGAUACAGUGAAAUGCCCCUCGCUCAAGCUUCCGUUGGUCAGCAGCCGUUUUCCUUACAUUUUCUAUAUUAUAUUAAGAUUGCUGGAUAACUCAAGCAGUAGGCUCAUUCCCUAGUGAUUUUUAGCAAUCUGUGUUUGAUUGUGCUUACCAAAUGUGGCCAUAUCUUAGGUCAGGUGAGCUGCUAAGGGCCAUCAUUGCUCUCUUGUAUUUUUAGGGUUGUUUGUAUAACACCAUAACAUUAUAUUGCUUUAGAAUGGUUGUAUACAUUUACUAAAUUGAGGCAUUGAUUUUAAUACCAACAUAUGUUACUGUUAUGACACAUUCAUGUUAUUGUCAAGACAAAUGAUUUGAAUAAAAUUAAAAUAUGCUUUUAA